AUGUUCCUGGUGGACUGGUUCUACGGGGUGCUGGCGUCGCUUGGGCUGUGGCAGAAGGAGGCGAAGAUCCUCUUCCUCGGCCUCGACAACGCCGGCAAGACCACCCUCCUCCACAUGCUGAAGGACGAGCGGCUCGUGCAGCACCAGCCGACGCAGUACCCGACGUCAGAAGAGCUGAGCAUCGGCAGGAUCAAGUUCAAGGCGUUCGACCUCGGGGGCCACCAGAUCGCCCGCCGCGUCUGGAAGGACUACUACGCCAAGGUUGAUGCUGUUGUGUACUUGGUGGAUGCUGUUGACAAGGAACGGUUUGCCGAGUCAAAGAAAGAACUUGAUGCACUUCUUGCAGAUGACUCCCUUGCAAACGUUCCUUUCCUCAUACUGGGCAAUAAGAUUGACAUCCCAUACGCGGCUUCAGAGGAGGAGCUGCGGUACUACCUUGGCCUGAGCAACUUCACAACUGGGAAGGGCAACGUGAACCUGGCUGACUCCAACGUCCGGCCCCUGGAGAUCUUCAUGUGCAGCGUGGUGCGCAAGAUGGGCUAUGGUGAAGGCUUCAAAUGGAUGUCUCAGUACAUCAAGUGA